AUGAAUUCCUAUUUCACAAACCCGUCGUUGUCUUGCCACCUCACCAGUGGUCAAGAGGUCCUGCCCAACGUGGCGAUCAAUUCCUCUGCUUAUGACCCUGUAAGGCAUUUUUCAACUUAUGGAGCAGCGGUUGCUCAAAACAGGAUCUAUUCAUCUCCUUUUUAUUCACCGCAAGAUAAUGUUGUGUUUAGCUCCAGUCGGGGACCAUAUGAUUACGGAUCUAAUGCCUUUUAUCAAGAAAAAGACAUGCUCUCUAGCUGCAGGCAAAAUUCUAUGGGACACAAUACACAAACUUCCAUUGCACAGGAUUUUACAAGUGACCAAAACAGGAGCACAUCCCAGGAACAGAAAACUAGCAUUCAAAUAUACCCGUGGAUGCAGCGCAUGAACUCCCACAGUGGUAAGUUUUACAGCUUGCAGAGAUAAAUUAAAUAAACUGAACCAUCUUUACGACCGUCUCCCUAGCAGAACAGGCUCAGCUACUUUUUAUGGCCCCAUAAAAACAAUAAUAUAGCUUCCUCACAGUUGCCGCUACAGGCCUUUUAUUUGUUAAGUUGUUGCAAGCGAAUAUGGCUUGUUAUGCUCUUUCUAAUUAAAAGACUUCGAGAGUGUAAAAUAUCUAUAAUAAAGUGCAAUCAGCUCUGAUUUUUUUUCCCUUGGAGGGGGUGGUGGAAAUAAGGUGUAGAAUAGAAGUGAUGUGUUUUUGAUUUUUUUUUAAAAAAUGUAUUUUCCCUGAUAGGUGAGAUAGGGCAUUUUUAUUAAGGCAAAAAAAUUGCAAAGUGUCUUGUCCAAUAACAGGUCCAAUAACAGCUGGGGGAUUUAUGAAGUAGCUUGACUUCAUAAUAUAUGGAAGGAGUGUCUAUUCCUAGUAAUUAAAGCAGCAUUGGAGUAAAAUCUAAUUGGAUUUUUUUUUCAAGUUUGCAGAAAUAAUUAAAACAACACAUUCUGAAUCUUUGCAAAUAAGAUAGGAACAUGCUUUCAAUUAGACACCCCCCCCCAAUCCUCCAUGUGUGCUGCAUGAUUUUAAUGGGUAGUAAGACUAAGGCACAGAAUUAAAUUGUGCAGUGGGUUGGGGGGGGGGGAGUUGGUCGGUGGAUGACAAUGAAGACUGAGUGUGGAGGGUGGGGUUGGGGAAAGCCUGGCUGACGGGCUUCGUUGUGUGUCUGUUUUCUUUUAUUUAAGCAUUUUAUUUUCAAAUCUGUUAACUAAUCGUUUUUAGUUUGUUUCGUUUCCGAAUCCAUAGGGGUCGGCUAUGGAGCAGAUCGGAGGAGGGGGCGUCAGAUCUACUCGCGUUACCAGACCCUGGAGCUGGAGAAGGAGUUCCAUUUCAAUCGCUACUUGACGCGGCGAAGGAGGAUUGAGAUCGCCAACGCUCUUUGCCUAACUGAACGCCAGAUCAAGAUCUGGUUUCAAAACAGGAGGAUGAAAUGGAAAAAAGAGAGCAAUUUGAGUUCCACCCUGUCUGGGGGAGGUGGCGCUGGAGCAGCUGCAGAUAGCUUGGGCGCAAAGGAGGAGAAAAGGGAAGAAACAGAAGAGGAGAAACCAAAGGAUUGA